AUGGCGGCGUUGACGGUGGAUUUGUCGGAGAUGAGUGAGACGCAGGAACGGUCGACGGCGCGCGCGCCGUGGUGGCGAGACGGAGAGUACGACGCGCGUCGCGCGGAGGAGGCGAACGAUCGGGGGAUGGAGGCGAUGUCGGGUAAGAGGUAUGAAACCGCGUUCGAUGAAUUCACGGAAGCGAUCAGGCUCGAGCCGAGGAAGGCGGUGUACCACGCGAAUCGCGCAGCCGCUGGGCUCAAGCUCGAACGGUUCGGCGUCGCCGCGGACGACGCCGAGUGCGCGGUCGCGCGCGACGCGACCUACGUCAAGGCAUUAUCUAGAUGUGCUACAGCGCGUUUGAAGCUUCGAUGUCCUCAGCAAGCGCUCGAGAUGUUCGAUAGGGUGUUGGAAAUCGAUCCAGACGACGACGUCGCGCAGCGAGGGAGACGAGAAGCCGCCCGAGCCGUCGCGGCGGCAAACGCCGAGGCCGAUCGUCAGCGUGAAGCCGCUCUCCACGGCUCAAGAUCACCGAUGCCGAGACAUGAUGUCGAUCCAGACGUCGCGGCGGAGUCUCUUCUCAGCGCAGAGGAGCUCUUACGUGCGAAUCCAAACCUCGAGGGCGCCAAGGCGAACGUCGCCGAAGCCUUGGUGAGCUGUCAGAGGUACGAGCUCGCGAUCGAGCGGUGCAAAACACUCCUCGAGGACUCGCUCGAUCGAAAGUACAUCAUCGCUGAGACUCGAUGGCGCAUGGGCGACGUCGAUGGCGCGUUGACGGAGAUAUCGAGCGCGUCAUUUCGAGACUCUUACGACGAGUUUUCGUGCAAAAAGUGCAUCGAACUCGGCGCUCGACUACUUCACCUUCAGGAUCUCAUCAACCGCGCCGCGCGCGAGGUCGAAGAUGCGCAGUUCACGAAUGCAAUCAGACUGUUCGACAUGAUCCUUCAAAGACCAGAGGGAAGGAUGCGAACGAGAUUCCGCGGGAGAAUUUUACGCUCUCGGGCCGAGUGUCAGUUGAGGCGGCACGAGUACGACGCGGCGGACGAUCCGAUCGCGAGAGAAAACCUCAAACAAACCGCUCGAGAUCUCUCCGAGUGCAUCGCGUUGAACGGCAACGACCACGAGGCGUACGUCUUACGCGCGGAGAUGCGACUGGGGCGCGGGGAUCAUCAAGGCGCGUUCACAGAUUUGCGUUCGGCGCAAACAAUCGCCCCGGCUCUCCGCGGCAUCGAUAAAAUGGUCCGCGACGCCGCCGCUCGAGCGCUCCGAGGUUCAUCGCGCGCCAACAUCAAGUCGGAGAAGGAUCCGUGCGCCCGAGGUGGAAAAUACUACGACGUCCUCGGGAUCAAGCCCGACGCCGACCUUCGGGCGGUGAAAUCCGCCUAUCGCAGACUCGCCGCGGUGUGGCAUCCCGACAAAUGGAUUCAGGCCUCGCCCGAGGACGCCGCCGCGGCGGAGACUCGCUUCAAAAUUGUUCAGAGAGCGUACGCCACGCUCAGCGACGUCAAACAGAGAAAGAUUUACGAUUUGGAUCCCGCGCGUCUCGACGCCGAAAGCUCCUGA